AUGGAGGACCUUUAUGUGGCAAACACCAUCUUUGCCCUCAAUUUCUUCAAACAUCUGGUGAAAGUAAACCCUACCCACAAUGUCUUCUUCUCUCCGUGGAGCAUCUCCUCCACCAUGGCCAUGGCCUACCUGGGUGCCAGGGGCAAGACUGCAGACCAGAUGGCACAGGUGCUCCAGUUUAACAAAUUUGGAAGCUAUGAACCCACCCUGGUGUCCCCGAAGAACUUCACAGGUUGUGACAUCAUGCAACAGAUUCAGAAGCCGACCUAUCCUGAUGCUAUUUUGCAGGCACAAGCUGGAGAAGCAGUCCACUCACUCUUCCAAUCUCUCACCUCCGAAAUCAACUCACCCACUGGAGGCUAUGUACUGGAAAGCACCAAUCAGCUGUUUGGAGAGAAGUCUGACAGAUUUAAGGAAGAAUACCUGGAACUCUCCAAGAAAUAUUACUCCACGGAACCUCAGGCAGUUGACUUCCUAGAAUGUGCAGAAGAAGCCAGAAACAAGAUUAACUCCUGGGUCAAGACUCAAACCAAAGGCAAAAUCCCAACCCUGCUCCCAGAAGGUUCUGUGGAUGAGGAAACCAGGAUGGUCCUGGUGAAUGCUGUCUACUUCAAAGGGAAGUGGAAAACUCCAUUUCAGAAGAAGCUAGAGGGACUUUAUCCUUUCCGGGUGAAUGCGACUGAGCGCAAACCUGUCCAGAUGAUGUACUUGCAUGAAAAGGUGAACAUUGGGUAUAUCGAAGAACUGAAGACUCAGAUUCUAGAACUUCCAUAUGCUAGAGAUGUUAGCAUGUUCCUCAUGCUUCCCGACGGCAUUGCUAAUGUGUCCACUGGCUUGGAGCUGCUGGAAGAUACGAUAACCUAUGACAAUCUCAACAAAUGGAUCAGCAAAGACACACUGGCCGAAGAUGACGUCGAGGUGUUCCUACCCCAGUUCAGGCUGGAAGAGCGCUAUGAACUCAAGUCCAUUCUGAGGGGCAUGGGCAUGAGUGACGCCUUCAGCAAAGGCCAGGCCGAUUUCUCAGGGAUGUCCGAGGGGAAUGACCUCUAUCUGUCCGAGGUGUUCCACCAGGCGACUGUGGAUGUUAACGAGGAGGGCACAGAAGCAUCCGCAGGCACAGGGGCCGUGAUGACUGGCAGAACCGGCCACGGAGGUCCACAGUUUGUGGCCGAUCACCCUUUCCUCUUCUUCAUCAUGCACAGAGUGACCAAAAUCAUCCUCUUCUGGGGCAGAUUCUCCUCCCCCUAG